AUGGGCCUCAUCUAUGUCAACCCAGAGGGCGUGCUGGGCAACCCCAUACCCCCGAAGUCAGUGCCACACAUCCGCGGCACCUUUGGGCGCAUGGGCAUGAAUGACUCUGAGACUGUGGCCCUCAUUGGCGGGGGCCACGCCAUCGGGAAGGUCCACGGCGCCUGCCCCACCGGUGCUGGCCCCUCCCCCGCGGAGGACCCCGGCAACCCCUGGCCGGGGACGUGCGGGGAGGGCCCGGAGAAGGGCAAGGGCCCCAACACGUUCACCUCCGGCCUCGAGGGCCACUGGACCACCACCCCCUGGAAGUGGUCCAACGAGUACUUCAAGAACCUGCUGGCCUACGACUGGGAGUCCUGGAAGGGCCCCGGGGGCCACUGGUGUGUGUCACGAUGA